GCCAUUGUGCUCCGCGAGGCCGUCACGAUGCACCGCCUCAUGCUUCGAGGCAUCCAGUGCUACGGCUGUCGCAGCCAUGUCAUCCAGUCUUUUCUGGCCAUCGCUGAUAUCACUUUUCCCGCGCCUCGAUACCACAAACCAUGCCCUCGAUCUCCGUUACACCACCAGAGCAGCUUUUCAUCAUUACACGGUCAGCCCUUUCGGGGCCAGUCCAUAGCCCGCAGCGCAUCUUCUGGCGAGCCGUCCGUCGACAACGGUAGCGAGCAAUCUCCAGACGCUGCCAGUCAAUCCAACGAACAUGUGCCGUGGUAUCUCAAGGAAGAGACUGCGGAGCUCGCUUCUCACCCGCUUGGGCAACAGCAGUUGAUCCCACCGCUGCCAGACAACCCUCCCCCAAUGCUGGAAGAUCUUCUGCAGCACAUCUCGGUUGACAUUGGUCUCGAUGAUCUCUCUCUCCUCGAUCUGCGAAAUCGCAAUCCUCCUCCUGCUCUUGGCGCAAACCUGAUCAUGAUCAUCGGGACCGCUCGCAGUGUAAAGCAUCUCAAUGUCGCUGCGGAUCGACUGUGUCGUUGGUUAAGGAGUACUUACAAAUUGCAACCGACCGCAGACGGCCUUUUGGGUCGAAACGAAUUGAAGAUCAAACUGCGAAGAAAGGCCCGCCGGGCGAAGCUAUCUAGCAACGUGUCAUCUUCUUUUGAGGAAAAAGACGAUGGGAUCACAACUGGGUGGAUAUGUGUGAACGUUGGUUCUGUUGAGAACGGGAAACCGGCCGCGGGAGCACAAAAGCGCGAUUUUGCCGGGUUCGGAAACGUCGCGGAUAGUGCUCGAAUCGUGGUACAGAUGCUCACUGAAGAAAAGAGAGCCGAGCUCGACUUAGAAGGCCUGUGGAAUGGCAACUUUCCACCGCGAUCUCCAAGCGAACUGCGGGCUUUCGAGCAACAAUUCGAACAAUUCGCUGAAAAGGCGGCUGCAGAGGCAACAAGUGGAAGAGGCAUGUAUCGCGACUCGAGAUCACAUGCAACGGGUUCUGGCAUAGACCCCGGACAAAGAAGAGGUUUGCAUACCAGCCGUCGCGUCCAAAGCAUCAGUAUCGAGGCCGUUCUUUCACCCGGGAUGGUACCUCGGCAAGAAGCGGCGUUGAACCAUGAAGAUCAUUUGGUCUCUCCUCGCAAUGCGCCAGCAAAGGCUUCAAAACCUCUCAAUGUGCCUCCUGAGAUCACAUCAUUGCUUCAGCAUUUGGCUCAGCUUCCCAGGGAUGAUGCACUCCGGGAAUUGGGAUCAGGUCCCCGAGAUAUGGGCUCCACAUUAUUUUUGCGUCUGUUCCAGCAGGCCUUGGACAACGCAGAGGAUCCGGACGGUAAUAUUCUUGCGAAAUUGGAGCUGAUCCGUAUCGCCGUCACUCUACAGCAUCCUCAGUAUACAAAAGCGGAUUUAUUCGAUGCUUUCAAGGAGCUGGCUGCUUCAGGAUAUGACAUCUCUGAGUCUCAAGCACUGCAGACGGUCAAAACACUGCUCUCUUUUGGCGACAACGAUGCCGAUGUCUCUAAUGUCGCGAAACGCGUCCUGCGAUCUGAUAUAGAUCUGGCACUCAAGGUUCUCAACCAUAUGAGCUUGCGUGGUAUGGACAUUCUUAGUCGCGAGGUCUUCUCCAUGCUCUACACCGCGUCCGGAUUCCAAGUUCCGGUCCGCCCAACCAACGAUAACCUAAGUCCCAGUUCCGUUGAAACAGAAAAGUCCACUCCGGUGUCGGCGGAAGAGCUUAACGAAGUGCGCCUUGUUCAGGAUCGUCUUCGCAAAAUCAUGGAUGCCUUCGAUGUUAAGUUUGGACCUGAGCAGUUUCUGAGCCUCCUCCGAUUUCACUUCCACCAUGGAAAUUAUGACCAAUUCUGGGCUAUCUGGCGGAAGAUGUCACUUUUGCAACUUCCCCGAUCAAAGGAGUUUUAUGUGCUACUAUUCCGCCUCCAUGCCGAGAGAGGGAACCAAAAGAGAGCGGCCGAGUGCCUGUCGUCAUGGGUUCCUAUGAUGGCACGGGAGCAGCCACCUGUCCACCUUGACGCCGACAUUGCAAGAGUGGUGAUGGCAUGUUUACUGGUGGCCAAUCCGGAUGUCAAGCAGAGGGCGGACGCAGGCGACCCCGGCGAGUAUCCCAACCUGUGGAACAGAUGCUGGAAUGCCCUGGUGGCGAGUCAAACGGUCCAGGAAUAAAAUACUUUUCGAUGUGUUGUAUUACUACGAUCAAUUGCAAGCUCUUCUCCGGCCAUAUCUAUUGCAGGCGUUUUUGUCAGGUUUCUUUUUUGGGGGUUGCAUUUGUGGUAUAUACCACUUAUUAUUUGUUUAGAGUACUUAUUUUCUUUUCUGCAACAUUGUACUGUACACAAUUUC